GAGCCCUAAAACACUGCACGUCCAACAGCACUAAGAGGCGCUGGAGCAACUCAAGAGUCCUCUUUUCAGCGUUUUGCACCUCCCCUCGCGUCGUCGGACGUGGGCUUCGCUGCUUGUCAAGCCAGCUCGACCACCAUGGCGGAGCAGACUGAGAAGUCGUUCUUGAAGCAGCCCAAGGUCUUCCUCAGCACCAAGGCUUCUGCUAAAGGGAAGGCAGCAGGGAAGGCUGGUACCCGCUUCUGGAAGAACGUCGGUCUCGGUUUCAAGACUCCCCGUGAAGCAAUUGAAGGCACCUACAUUGACAAGAAGUGCCCAUUCACCGGAGAUGUGUCCAUUCGCGGCCGCAUUCUCACCGGAACCGUGAACUGCACAAAAAUGACUCGCACUAUUACUAUCCGACGGGAUUACCUCCACUUCGUCAGGAAGUACCAAAGGUACGAGAAGAGACAUUCAAACCUGGCUGCUCACGUCUCUCCUGCUUUCCGUGUGAAAGAGGGCGACAAGGUCAUUAUUGGCCAAUGCAGGCCUCUUUCGAAGACUGUGAGAUUCAACGUCUUGAAGGUCAUUCCCAUGGGCGCAUCAGACGGAGGGAACAAGAAGGUGUUUACUGCCGUAUAGAGCCAGUGUGCUAGAUGGGGAUCUAAUGUAGUUUGCCCGAGCAAUGGGCGAGGACCUAUUUUAGCCGCAUGUUUCACAUUAUGCAAAUGAGAAUUUUUUUCGCUUCCUACGAUGUUUCUCUCAAAGUCUAUCCAAUCACUGUUAAGUCGUUUUUCA